AUGUUAACAGAUUUGCUUAUCAAAUAUGCUAUUCUUCUCACAAUUUGCGGUUUAGUCUUAGCAUCUGGUGUUGAUAUUGAUUCUAAGACUAACAUUGCCAGUUAUUUCACUUAUGAAUUCGGUGGUACUGAUUUACUAAGUUAUUGUGAGAAUAAUGACGCCAAUAUUCUUGCCAUUUCCUUACCAUUGAAGUUCAAUAAUUUGUACGCUGAUUUCUCAAAGGAUAAAAAAUAUAAAGUCGAUUAUAAACAACUAACGUCCGGUAUUGUUUCCUGCCAAUCGUUAGGGAAACAAGUUUUAUUAACUUUAUCCGUUAACUCACAAGAAUAUGGUUUCAAAGACGAUUCCGAAGCUGAAAUUUUUGCUCAAAACCUAUGGGACACAUUUGGUGAAGGUUCUGCUAAACAUAAUUCAAACAACCCAUUUGAAAAUAUAAGUUUGGAUGGUUUCAAUUUUAAUGUCACCGAUGUUUCUUCAAAUGAAGAUAACGAGGGUUACUCUGCAUUAAUCAGUAAAUUAAGAUCUCUUUUCACCCUUGGUAAGAAAGAUUACUUUAUUUCUGCUACUACUUACUAUUCAAACGCUGAACAGUAUAUCACAAACGACCUUUUGACAAACUCCGAUAUUGAUUUUAUCUUUUUGCAUGAUUCAGUGGGUCAAGACACAAAUAAAAAGUUGAUCAAUUGGCAAGCUUGGGUUAACUACUCACAGACCAUUUCCCCAAAUCCAGAAGUUAAACUUUAUGUUGGUUUACACUUUCUGGAAGAACCAUCUUUAUUGAAUCCACCUGAAUUUUCAGAACUUGUGAAAUCCAUCUCACAAUCGAAAUAUUUCGGUGGUAUUUCAUUUUUAGAUAUAAUGAACUCUCAAAAAAACUUAAAUGUUGUCUCUCAACUUAAAGAAAUAUUAGUCAAUAAUAUACAAAAUAAUUUUGUCGAAACAGUAGACACAACAAUUUUCAGAAUUAAUGUAAGUGAAAACAUUGCGAUUUCUACUAACUAG